CCUGGAUUGUUCACUAUACCUUCCUGGAUUGUUCUUCGAAAGUCAAGAAACUCAGACCCUGUAGUGUUUUACAGGGUUCAAGUAAGUUUGCAAUCCCCUGAAGGUGUUACCACAAUGCGAGGAGUGUUGAGAAGAUUUAAUGAUUUUCUUAAGCUAUUAUCCGAUCUUAAAAGAACAUUUCCUAGAAAAAGUUUUCCAUCAGCUCCUCCCAAAGGGCUCUUGCGUAUGAAAAGCAGAGCAGUGUUAGAAGAGAGAAGGUGCUCUCUUGAGGAGUGGAUACCGAAGCUUUUAUCUGAUAUAGAAUUGGCAAGAAGUGUCGUAGUUGCAUCCUUUCUUGAACUAGAAGCUGCUGCUAGGUCUGCAUGCCAAGAUGUAGAUCAGAAUGCCUCUGAUGCCAAUAAUGAUAGAAAUAGCACAAGUUCGUCUCCUUUGGUUCACCCAAGUCUGAGCUUGUUUCAUGCGGGUGGGAGUUCUCUUACAUCUGACUAUGGCAGUGAUACUGCUUACGAAACAUCUGAGCUUGGAUCACCAAGUUUAGGACAGGAUGAUAUUUCUGAAAUUGGCACCGAAGAUCUAACUCUGGAUGAGGAUAUUACAAAUCCAAUAGAGAAGCUUGUUAACUUCAGCAUGUCCAACAUUGACGAGGGACUUUCAAUGAGCCAAACUAUUCUUGAGCAGCUUGAAGACUUUCCCAAGCAUAAAGCUCGCUCAAGAUAUGUCAAUAAUAUCCUAGGGAAGGAUGUGUACAAUGGAAAUGCUUCUAAAGGUGUAUUUCUUGCUAACAAUGGCUCACGACUUCUCUCUGAACCAGAAUCAUCUCACUCAGUAAUGCAUGAUAGAAAGCUUUCUGUUGAGAGUGCUGAUGGGUUUGCUCUACACACUGGUGAAACAUCAACAUCUGGAUCGAACUUCUCAUAGAAAGAUUCCAAUGC